AUGAAAUCGAUCGUUUUCCCAGCGCAAAACUCAAACUUCAAGUCGCGCAAACGCGCGUUCGGCUGCUGCCAGCGAUGCCGCACGAAGCGCAUCAAAUGUAACAUGUAUCUCAGUAACUUUACCACGCACGGAUGUGAAAACUGCCAGAAGAAGGGCCAGGAAUGUAGUCUUGUAGACGGGUCCAAUGGCAAUGUGUCGUCGAACGAGACGGCAGCGCUGUCCAGAGAAGCGUCGGUGAAAAUCGAGGAUCUGGGAGGUGCUAGUGUAGCCGCCGCCGGGUAUGAACGAGUCGAGGGCUACUUGGACGCAAUGCGGGCGGCACCCGAAGAGGUCACGCCGCAGUAUCUCAAAAAGGCGUUUGGUUUCAACCUCAGCUUGAUCCUGGACGAGCUGUACCAGUACCUUCUGUAUGGCCAUCCGAAAGCGGUGAUCGAGUCCAGAUUGGAGGAGGACGUCACCAAGUAUCACGAGAGCGGGGUCAUUGUCUUAGAGCUGAAGGAGGAGGAGUUGCCGGCGUCCAAGCAGAGCCAGCUGCGCCAUUUCAAGAGCUGGGCGCACUUCCAGUUUCUUCUCCAGAUCCAUGCAUUCACCCUCUCGAGCCGCCGGUUCCACUUCAAGACCGCGGAGAUCAAAAAGCUCGUGGAUAUUUACUUUUUCAAAAUCAACGGCAUCUUUCCCAUCAUUUGCGAGGAGGAGUUCUGGAGCCUUUUCAGUGCGGGCACUGAACCCUCCAUAGUCGUAUUCGCCAUGAUCCUCCUGAUUCUGCGCGACAAAUUGGCAGAAAACGUCUUUCGCCAAGUGUUUGCCAGAGUUGAAGAAAGUUCCGGCAAUGAUGAGCGCUUUUAUCUGGACUUAGAGUCGUUCAUUGACGAGCUCAACUUCAAAAUUAGACAGCUCUACUUGAUUCUCAACGACCUCGGCGACUACAAUAAGAUCAACAGGUUGGUCACUAUGCUUCUUUUGAGCUUGUAUCAUCGCUAUGACAGAUUGGGAGGCGAGCAAAGCUCCCACGAUCUCACCUGUGGCAUCAAUUUGGCUUUUGCGUUGGCAAUACACAUGAAACCUACCAAGAAGUUUUAUACAAAGGAGAAAGCUGCUUAUUUGUCUGAUCUCUGGUGGACCUGUUAUAUCAUGGACCGGUUCAACUCUGUGACCAAUUUCAAAUGCUUCUUCAUCAAGCACGAAGACUUCAAUUUGGAUUUGCCCUAUGAAAACCUGAAUUUGCUUCAAUUGGUUCAACUAGCGAAAUCUUUUGAGAACAUGCUUGUCGCGCUUUAUCAACCCUUCAACAAUGUACAUAUGAAGGACCAAAACAAUGAUCUUCAGUCACGACUCAGAAUCUUCAAUGCUGCCGAUUUCCAAGACUUGGAGUUUGAUCUCUGCUCUCAGGAAAUCGCUUCAGACUCAAUGAACUUCAUAGAUAUACCGGGGAUCGAUGAUCUCCAAACAUUGAAGGCAAAAUAUGUGGAGGACACCAUUCGAUUACUUUCGCGCCUCAUCAAUAAUACUAUUAUUCUUGUAUCACAGAAGGGUUUCUUCAACGAUCCAGCAAUACAUAAUCUGGUUCCUAAAAAGAGCAUUUUGCGUGCGUCCGGGAAUGUCUUGUGGUACAUGAAAAAGAUCCCGGAAAAUCUGGUAUUGCAAGCGCCCAUUCUUAUAUUCUGCUUACUUCUCUCGAUGUCAUGUGGCUUGAAAAUGCGUGCUCGAAAUGUCCUAGGAACAAACGAUAGAGAACUCGAAGAUGUGAAACCAUCUUUUGAGAUAGAAGGGUACAUGCUGGAACUUGAGAAGUUCCGGAAAGGAUGGUGGAUCGUGGACGAUGUCUAUAAACUAUCAAAAGACUUCAUCGAACAGCUCAAAGAGACAGAAAAGAAGAGGAAAGAUAUCGAACUGUCAAUUCAAAACCGAGAUGAGAAUAAUACGCAUCAGUUACAGGCUGGCGAGCUUCGCUCUGCAAAUUCAUCUGCAUCUAUCCAAAACAUUUUACAGGUUGCCGCCCAAGACUCUAUUGACCCAUUUUCAGUAGAUGGAUCAAACUUCUUUUCGGGCUGGGACUUAUCCAAGAUUGCUCAGUAUGACAAUUUUUUCGAGAAUAUGCAAGACGAUCUUUUGAGUAUCGACAUGUUCUCAAUGUGA